CCCAGUCAUGUCGCGCGGCUUCCGGCUCCUGCUCCUGAGCUGCGUCUGCAGCCUGGCGCCCGCGACGCGGGAGGUGAAGGUGGCUUGUUCCGAGGCUGUGGACUUGCCGUGCACCGUCCACGUGGACCCUCAGGGCCCCUACAGAGUCUUCUGGGCCAAGCUGAUGGAGGGUGGCAAGGAGUGGACUGAGGUGCCCCAGGAGGGUCGGCAGUACCACUGGCAGAAGGAAGACUCCUUGGAGGCCCCCGGUGAGGGGCUGUACUUGAAGAUCCAAAACACUAGUCGCUGCCACACGGGGACAUACAGGUGCACCGUGGAGGAGCUGGACGGGCAGAGAAACCAAAGCAGCACUGUGACCUUGAAAGUGACAGGAUGCCCUAAGGGACGCAAAGAAGAGACUUUUCAGAAAUACCGAGCUGAGAUUGUACUGCUGUUGGCGCUGGUUGUCUUCUACUUAACACUCAUUAUUUUCACUUGUAAGUUUGCACACCAACAGAAUAUUUUUCCAGAUUUUUCUAAGCCUGUCAUGGAACGAGCUUUUCUCCCAGUCACUUCCCCACAGAAACAUCUGGAGCCAGUGACUCUUCACAAGACAGAACUGGUAUGAGCAGGAUUUCUGCAGGUUGUUUUUCCAAAAGUCAUAGAAGGCUCACUGGUACGCCUGGGCAUCCCCCAGGACAAGAGAAGAAUGAGCGCCACACUGAAGAAGGCAUCCUGCCUGUGAAGUCCUUCUGAAACCCCUGACAGCGGGUCCCAGCCCACUUUUUGUGAGCAGGACUUCGGAAGCCAUUACGUGACCACAUAGCAUGGGGCCACCUGCAGGAAGUCCCUAGUACUGCUGCUUCACAGCUACCUUUCUUAGCAUUUUCCUCAGCUAUCUGGUCAACCUCUUGGAAAUCUUUUCAGUCAUAUACAAGCUAUGGUGAGACGCAAUUGGAAGAGGGUCUUGGGAAAUACAGAUGCCCGGAGCUGGCCCUGUGAUAGACUCUUGAGGACCACUGUCCUCUGCACAUCUGGGAAACAUCUCUUUGAAUUUGCUUGUGUUUUCUUGUACUAGCCCAGAUGGUUUAUGUCUGGGAGAAAUCGACAGGCCAAACUGUGAGACAGUGGGGAAUAUUUAGCAAAUAAUUUCCCGGUGUGAAGGCUCUGCUCUUACUAAGGAGUAUUGUGUGUACAUAGAAAUAACAAGUUGAUGAACUGUUCCCCAAUGGGGCUUUUUCAUCUGUGAAAGACACCCAUAAAGAAGCAAUAAAGAAGAGUGCCACAUUUAUUUUUAUAUCCACAGAUACCUGUCAAAGAAGGAUUUGUCUUUUGUUCUCCUUUUGAAAUCUACAUCUAUGGUUAGGUGUCAGGGCUCAUGGACAAGUGACCUCAGUAUGGAGUGUGAGUGAGAGGUCAGAGAGGUCAGAGAGCAUGACCACAGGACAGCCAGCUAGGUGAUGAUCUGUUCGAGAUGCUGGACCAAUCAUGCAAUCUGGGUUCUAGCCCCGGUUGUCCCACUACCUGACUGUAUGAUCUUGAACAGGGUCCUCAUGAUUUCUACUUUCUCAGUUGUAAACCGAAAGGUUGUUGUCUGAGUUGAUUGCAAUAAUGUAUGUGAAAAUGCUUUGGAAAAGCAUAAAGCACUAUAAAAAUUUGAAGCUC